UCCUUGACUCCACCUGGUCUUUAAAAAGACGUUCAUCUCUACAAGAGAAGAGAAGAAAGGGACCAGUCGAUCGAAGAGCUAAAGCCUGACAAUAAUCAUCAAAUUCUUGCAAAUUUGACGUUCUCUACCAGACUCCAAGGUUGCUAGUCCUUCCACUCCUUAGAGCCAAAAUGGUGAAGUAUGAAGUGUUUAUCACCACCGCAAAACUCGCUCAGGCCAUGACUACAAAUAAUGUCUUCAUUAAGCUGGUGGGCACAGAUGGGGAGAGUAAACGUACAUGGCUCACAAGCUUUAAAGGGAGUGCUGCCUUCUACCCGGGAACAGAGACUAAAUUUUCGGUGUGUUGCCCCGCCUCGCUUGGAAAGCUGGUGUUGAUUGAGGUUGACAAAAAGCCUCUCCUGCUGUUCCCAGAAGAUGCAUGGUUUCCCAGCAAGGUGAAAGUGAAGUCCCCAGAGGGAGACAUCUACAACUUUCCCAUCCACCGUUGGAUCCUUGACAGUGAGGUUCAACUAUUCAGAGAAGGAACGGCUUUAAGAAUCUCUGAUGACAAUCAUCAUCUUGGCAAGUACAGUAGAGAGAAGGAGCUGAAGAAGAGAGAGGAACUGUACGGCUGGGAUGUUUAUAAAGAGGGACUACCUCACUGCAUGAAGGGAGACAAUCCUCUUUGUCUGCCUGCUGAGGUCCGCUUCUCCUUCACCAAGACUACAGAGUUUCUCUUUACUGCAUCCACAGGGCUGACAGAGCUGCAACUGAAGGGACUGUCUUGUUCCAAGAAGAAUUGGUCUAAUCUUGAUGAUAUUGGCAAAGUUUUCUGCAACAAAACAACAGAUAUAUCAGAAUAUGUCCAGCAGCACUGGAAGGACGAUGCAUUUUUUGGUUUCCAGUAUCUAAAUGGGGUCAACCCCAUUUUGAUCCAACGUUGUAUAGACCUGCCCAAGAACUUCCCUGUCACUGAUGACAUGGUGUUUCUCCAAGGUGGAGGCUCUUUAAUGGAGGAAAUGCAGAAAGGCAACAUAUUCCUGUGUGACUACAAACGUUUGGAUGGAGUGACACCAAACGUCAUCAACGGGAAGAAUCAGUACUUGAUGGCUCCACUCGUGCUUCUCCACAAAACCCCUGAGGAUAAGCUCAUGCCGAUUGCUAUCCAGCUGAAGCAGACUCCAGCCGACGACAAUCCCAUCUUUUUUCCUACUGAUUCAGAGUACGACUGGUUGAUGGCCAAGAUUUUUGUGAGAAGCGCCGAUUUUAACGAGCAUCAGCUCAAUGUUCACCUGCUGCGCACUCAUCUGCUGGCUGAAGUCUUUGCAGUGUCACUGCUGCGCAAUGUGCCCAUGGUGCAUCCACUGUACAAGCUCCUCAUACCUCACACUCGCUACACUCUGCAGAUCAACAACUUAGCUCGACUUGUCCUAAUAUCUGAGACAGGAGUUUUCACAGAGUUUUCAGCGUCCGGCGGAGAGGGUAUGAUCACAAUCCUGAACCGAUCACUGUCCACCAUGACCUACAGUUCUCUCUGUAUACCAGACGACAUCGCUGAGCGUGGGGUGGAGGCUGUGCCAAACUUCUACUACAGAGAUGAUGGACUUAGGCUUUGGGAUAUCAUCCACAGGUUCGUUAAUGGAGUGCUUGGCCACUACUACAAGAGUGAUGAUGAGGUUUGCCAAGACCCGGAACUACAGAAGUGGAUUCAAGACAUUUUUGAACAUGGAUUCCUCUCCCAGGCUAGCACAGGAGUCCCUCAGAAAUUUGGCACCGUGGCUGAGUUGGUCAAGUUUGUCACCAUGGUGAUCUUCUGUUGCUCAGGCCAGCACUCAGCUGUCAACUCCGGACAGUAUGACUAUGGUGGCUGGAUGCCCAACACUCCCAUCUCCCUGCAACGUCCUCCACCAACCACAAAGGGGACAGCAAGCGAGGCCACGAUGCUGCAGACGUUCCCUGACAUCAAUACAACAGCGCAAGGAAUGGCCACCAUGUGGCUACUCAGCAAGCAGUCCUCUGACUUUGUCCCUCUCGGCAAGUACCCAGAGGAGCAUUUCUUUGAGGAGGUUCCCUGCAAGCUGAUAAAAGAUUUCCAAGGGGAACUUGAAAUUUUAAGUACAGCGAUCAAAAGCAGGAACGAGAACCUGGAAGUCCCUUACAGAUACAUGGACCCUCCGUUGCUGGAAAAUAGCGUUGCUAUUUGAAUGUUACGGUGGAUGAAAGUUUGAUCCCCCUUCAUGACUCAGGCGAUGGACAGUUUUGCUGAUUAAUCAUCUCUGUGCCCCCGCAGAGUUGAUGUCCUCAUCAGGGAAUCCUAAUUAGCCUAAUUAGUCUUUCAACUUUCCAGUCAUGAGUUUUCAGAUUGUCCUCACCGUGAUUGUCCAAAGCUCAUUUUAAUCUUAGCCCCUGGAACUUUCUCGCAAACUCAGUGAAUUUUAAACAUUUGUAUGCAAAACACACCUCUGACAUAAAGUCAAGCUUUUCUUUGCACAAACACUGCUGUGGUGGCAAUGAGCAAAUGUAACAAUCCAAGCAUUUUAGCAACAGUUCUGCUCGCUCUGUCGAGUUUCUUGUGAUAUUUUUAUCUGAAAAAUAAUAACUGGUCAGCAACCCAAUGUUAUAAAUCUUAAACUGUCCUCCACUGGUUGAUACAACAUAACUGAGAUUGGCUCCAACUUGUACAGAUUUCUUUGUGUUGUGUAUUAUGUCAAGCAUUUACUCCUGCAUCAUUACAUAAUAACAAUGUAACUUUGCCAAUAAGAAAAUUCAAAAACAAUUUUAAAAAUGUAAAAAAACUUUGUGAAAUGCUUUAGAACAUGUUGCAUAUAAUUUGUUAUAUGAUCAUUAAAAGCUGUAAACACGUAAGGUCUGUUAACGGGUUAUUUGCAUUACAACAAGAUAGCUGUCAGUAAGUUUGCCACCUGGAUGCUAAAUACAUUUCCAUUGGGAAUAGAUGUAAAUUGUGUUGGUAGACCUGCUUCGAUGCUCUUUUGCUGAUUUCCUGCUUAGAUUUUAUAUAUGUAUACUGGGUGGUGCUCCCUGUGUGCCUGAAGGUGUGAGCGCCUUUUAACAGUAAUAUUAGUAGUAUUAUUAGUAGUAUUGUUACAGAUGUUUGCAAUACUGUAAGUGACUGUUAGUCUUCAAAUCCAGCUUGUUUGAGAUGUAUCUUUUUUUUUCUUAGCAAGUUGUGGUGGAAACAGAGUAAGCAGAACAACCAAUGUAACCAUUUCUCAUCAAGGUCCUCCAGCUUUUUCUAUAUGAUGAAAAGCCUCUGUUGUUUUUUUCAACCUGAAGGUUUUCCUCCAUCAGUUUUUCUUUUGAUCCAGAAGAAAUGUAAGUGGAGGUUCACCGACAACCUUACUUUCAAUAAAAAGUAUAUUUUUACCCAAUAAA